UAUCGGCUCCAGCGCGCUGGCUGCAAGGACUUCGAUGUCGAAGGUGGUGGAGUGCCUGAGUCUGGUGUAUGGAGUCUCGUGUUGGUAUCUGGUGUGGCCGGUUUGGGGGUCGUGGGCGUGUUGUGGAGCGAGGGAUGGAGGUGGGGAUAAGCCGCCUCCUGCGUAUGAUUUUGGCGAGGAUUGCGAGGCUCGUAUGGAGAAGGAGAAGAUGGAGCCAAAGGAGGAGAAGGAGGAGAAUGAAGAAGAGGGAUGCAUUCAUACCCAAUCGUGAACUGAUGCAUGGACGGAUGGGAGCAUGGGGCAGGCGUCG